AUGGAAAACGAAACGAACAUGUCGAGCAUGUGCCAAGAGCAAGGUGUUGUGAACUUCCUCCUGAUCUGGCUUCACACGAUGAUGAUGGUUACGUUGGCAGCCACCACUAUAACCAUCAACCUCAUCGUCAUCAUCAUGUUCAUCAUUGAGAAGUCCCUGCGGCGGUGCAAGAACACCUACAUCGCCAGUCUGGCCGUGGCCGACUUCCUGGUCGGUUGCUCUAUGCCCUUCUACAUGAUCGAGACUCUUGACUUCAGAUGGACGCUUCACGGACUCCCGUGUCGGUUCUACCUGGCGUUCCGGUCCGCGUUUUUGAAUGUGUCGGUCAUGAGCGUGUUGUUAAUCAGCGUGGAUCGGUGGCGGUCCGUGCACUACCCUCUAUCGUACAGGACGAAGCAGAGGAAACAGAAGGCCGCUUUGGUGGUCACGACGUGCUGGUUCAUCAGUUUCUUGUUCCACACCCCGCCCAUUCUGUUCUGGGAGGAAAUGGCGAAGGUCCCGCGUCCUCCAGAUUCCUGCCACUGUGACGUUCCGUUCCGGAGCAAUGCCGCGUUCAUGACGUUUCGGAUAGUGUGUGUGUAUGUUCUCCCCGUUCUCGUCAUCUGGAUGUUGAACUGCAGCAUCUUCUGGAAGAUCUGCCGUCGGAAACAGAUGAAUAUCCGGCGCUCUCUGAGCACGUGCAGCUACUUACAACGAUCAUUCCCGAAGGAGACCGACCAGAUGUUGUCUCCCUGCAACGCCGACGGCGGCGGUUGCUUUUCGGACACGUUUGCCAUGAGACCGCGAAACGGUCACUUGUCCGCUCGAAGACAUUCCCUUGCCGGUGGGAUCCAUGUGCCCACCAGACUAUCGCCGUGUCGGCACACCCCUCCGCUGUCCCACCUGCCUCGGAGGCGCUCCUUCGAUUCUCGCUCCCUGGGUCCAGGAGGAACCAACCAGGUGCUCAUGUCUCUGAGGCGGGCCUCUGUGAUGAACCACGUGACGCUGUCGCACCCAAAGUCAAAUAACUACUACAGCAGGAGGAACAGCGAGAACCCCGUGAAGGACCUCCUCAGCAAACAGGACCGGAAAGCGGCCUUCUUCCUGGGGCUUCUCGUCAUCGUGUGCUCCAUCUGCUGGACUCCGUUCCUGGUGUGUCGAGUUCUUGACGCGUGGUGCGACAUGUGCCUUCCCGGCUGGACGAGAUACGUCUUUCUCUGGGUUGUGAUGACCAAUUCUGCAAUAAAUCCAUUCCUCUACGGAUUGAUAAACUCCGAGUUCCGCAAGGUGAUAAAGACGAAGCUGUUGUCGGUGAAGCCCCAGCGGUACCGAGUGAGGGAGGCGAUCGCCUACUGGGCCCAGGCUCUGGCGGGAGAUCUCCAGUCUUCUCACGAGAACAGUCCACAGCGAUCAGAGUCCGGGGCUUUGUUGCCUUGA